AUCACAAAGAAGAACAUUAUAUGCUACGCUGUGUUUUCUUUUGCUGUAUCUGUAAGAAGGUGGAAUUAUAAUGAUCGAGGUGAGUGUAUUAAGUCCUCAAUAGGACUGAAGUUGACAUACCGUACCAGCAUUUCAGCAACCCGUGCGGAAGUCAUCUUGGAUGUCAAGAGCAUAACUUCGUUAAUCUUUUUUUGACAUGACUUCUGGGCUCCAAUGACAUAAAAUUAUUAUUAUUAUUAUUAUUAUUAUUAUUAUUAUUAUUAUUAUUAUUAUUAUUAUUAUUAUUAUUAUUAUUAUUAUUAUUAUUAUUUAAAUUACAGGUAAAAAUACCUUUCUUGGGACUGUAAAGCUGACUGGUUCACAGUAAUCAGUUGAUCCUUUAGAAGUAAGUUUAAAACACUUUGCUACUUCAUUGGUGUUGACAUUGCAGCCACGUUUUGGCAUGUAGCACACUCCUCGCUGGGCUAAGUUGGCACUGUAGUUUGUUAGCCAAUAGCAGUGUGGAGAUUCUGACACUAAUUCAUAAUAUCUGAUGAUGCUGUCACCCUGUUAAGAAAAGCAACCAAUAAUUUCAGUCUUGAAGACAUGUCAUUACUAUGACAGUCAUACGAUACUGGUACUGAGUCAAAAUAUGUCCACAAAUUUGUCUUCACUUAAUAAUAAAAACUCUUGGCUAAAGAACUUUGACAACUGGUUACAUGAAGAAUUUAAAUAAAUGCCGAUUGGCCAUCUAGAGCUUGCGACCCAUGCAUAAGUUGAGGGACACAGUGGGACACCUCUAUUCAGCCUAAUCAGGGGACACUUGGCUUGUUCCUGAGGGUGUACCCUGUUUAGAGGUUCCAAUAGAAGUUUAAUCCAAUGGAGGAAUAGAGGUUUCAUGGCUGUGAAAGGUCGACUUGUACACAAUUAAGUAUGGUAAAAAAAAUGAGGCUUAGCUUCUUUCCUUCUUGGGGAUUCUAAUUUCAAAGUUUAUCAAAAAUAAUUAGUUUCUUUGAAGACAACUUUACCCUCAAGUUUGUCAGAAUCGUAUAACCCUGAGGCAUCUGAAUUCCCCUCAUUCAUUUAGAACCACGCUGGAGUUUUUUAGCCGUCCAAUCAGAAGCACAUAAAUUGUUUGCCCAAAUUUGGAAUCAUAAAAUUGAAGGCCUUCCUCUUUCAAAAAAUAGCUAAUAACGGAUUCUUCUAGUCCUUAUCAAUUCUCCAACUGAAUAGUACACACUGUUGAGCCUUUUACAUUUUUUAUAUCACAUAAUCAAUGGACAAAAACAAUAAAUACAUUACAAAUAGUGGAGAAAACAGAAGACUUAUUCCAAAAGGCCUUUGUACAUUGCUGUCAACCUUAGAAAACUAUGAGGUAAAAAGGUCACAUUAUGUUGACACAUACUCUUUUAAGCGCGCUAGCUUUCGUCAGGCUUGCAAGAUGCUAAUUAUAAUUAGUUGACUUUUUCUUGUUCGAAGGAAGUCAUCCUGGCUAUUUUGGGAAUCAUUCUGAUUUUGGUCGAAUUUAACUUUCUAACACUGCAAUUGCCUUUGUACCACUUUGCUUACACCAACAGUCUUGCACAUCACAUGAUCAGUAAUUCCAUAUUAAAUUAAAUUUUGAUUAAUUUGUUUUCCAAAAAAACCCUACAUUAGAACAGAGCUACACGCUUUAGGGUUUUAUGCUUCUAAGUUUAUGGAAUUAGACUCUUCCCUUUUCACAAACUUACAAUAUAUUAAAUGCCUAUAAAACAUUAACAAUACACGACUUUCAUUAUGGUGGACCACCCGGGCAGAGUGGUAACUAACCGCAUCAGAGCAAGGCAUGUAAGGCCACAGUAACCAAAACAAAUCAAAGUGACGUGAUGCGAUGUGACACGAAGCAUUCUUAUCUAGCACGAAAUAUGUUGUAGAGCAUGUAGUUUCUGGAAGAACAAGAUAUUCCUGGAGGGUCACUUUGCGGUCGAAGACUGUCUGAAUUAAAGAACAAAGAACUUAAAUUUUGGUUGAAAUGCAGAGGUGAUCCAGGCAAAGGCCUCAAAACCAAAGCUGAACUUGUAAAGAGGUAAGACAGAGAUCGCUUUGUAAUCUUACUUACAUUCUACCAAUCACUUGUAAGAUUUGUUCAAGUUUAAUAAUCAUCUGAUAUCUUUAUCAGGGUAGAAGAGUACAUCAAGAUUGGAAAGGACAAAAAUAUUGUGGAUCCCGAGCCAACUGGUCUGUACACCAAGUGAAAACAGAAACGCAUUGGAGUCAGAGCUACAUCGAGUAUUACGGAGUCCUCACAUGGUGAUGCUAGUAAUAAACCAUCUGUCAAGUAUCUCACUGAUAGAUGGAGUACGUCUCUUGAAAAGAUGCCUAUGUUCAGCAGGGCAGAAAUGAAUGAGCACAUAGCCAGAUUGGGAAAAAGUAUUUCCACUAUUCAACAUCAUUCUGUGCCAAAGUCCUUAACAAAAGUGAAGACAUUCCUUGAAGAUGAAUAUCUAAGGGAAAUAACUGCUGCGAGUGAUGACCACUGUUGUUUAACAGGAAAACACCUGCUGCUGUACUUAAAAGUGGAUUCAUUGUAUCCGAAGCAUUUCCUAUUCUUGGCGCAUCACUCGAUGUCAAAGUUAUUGACUUUGGAAGCUCUAUUUGUUUUGGUUUAGCUGAGGUGAAAUGUCCUCAUACCAAGUUUCACGUUGAGGCAUGCUCGGACCCAAAUUUCUUCAUGGAGAAGAUAAGUGACACACAAUGUAGACUUAAAAGGGACCAUGUCUACUAUGGCCAGGUCCGGGGACAAAUGGGUGGGACAGGUGCCAAAUGGGAAAGGGAUCUAUAUUGA